AUGACCACUGGCAGGAAGAUAGAGAAGAUAGCGGGAAUCAUUAGAAAUCAGUACUCGGAAGAGAAUCCCACUGGGAUAGUCAACUGUGCAUUGGCAGAAAAUACCCUCAUGCAAGAAGAGUACCUGAAAUUCUUCCAAUCGAAUCUACAUUUGGCGGGCAUGGAUUUAACAUACGGCGAUACAGUCGGGGGAUCGCAGCGGUUGUUCAAGGCGUUGUGUCGUUUGUUCGAACGAUAUUUCAACCCCGCAAUUCCCGUGAGGCAAGAGCACAUCAUCACCGGCGGAGGAUUAGGUGCUAUGGCAGAUCAACUGGUUCAACUUCUAUGCGAACCGGGCGACAUUAUCUUGGUGGCUCGGCCAUAUUACAAUGGGUUUGACGACGAUGUAUCGGAAAGAAGUCAAGGCGUCAUGUACGGAGUUGAUGUCGGGAACACUGAUCCCGCUGGAGCUGGGAGUGUAGCGGCCUUCGAAAGCGCACUCACUAAGCUCUCAAAAGAGGGGAGAACAGUGCGAGCGGUCAUGCUGUGCAAUCCCAAUAACCCUCUGGGGUUCAACUACGAGCGAGGGACGAUCGUGGAAUACUGCAGAUUCUGCGAAAAACAUGGGAUUCAUCUCAUCAACGACGAGAUAUACGCACUUUCCCAGUUUGGUGGGGAAAGCGCAACACCGUUCACUUCCAUACUUUCUAUCGACGUCGAGAAGGAGGCUGGCUGCAAUCCCGCCAGAGUUCACAUGCUCUAUGGGAUGAGCAAGGAUUUCUGUGCUAAUGGACUUCGUGUCGGAGCCGUAGUGUCCCAGAAUAGGGAUCUGAUCCUCGCAUUUUACGCACUAGCCCGUUUCGUCAAGGUCUCUUCCGCAUCAGACGCACUCUGGUCGAGUAUUCUCCUUGACGAUGAGAAACUCGAUUAUUUCGUGACAACUAACCAAGACCGGCUUGGUGCUGCGUAUCGGUACUGUUGUUCAUGGUUCGAGUCCAAGGGCAUUCCUUAUCAAAAGGCGAGCGCAGGUCAAUACGUAUUCGUGAAUCUAAACUCAUUCUUACGCUCGGAAAACGACGAAGGAGUUCCGUUGUCAACGCCCCUCGCUCGCGAUAGCGAUCUCCAUAUGGAUCUCGUCAAUGCUGGAAUAUUCAUAGGCCUCGGCUCCUCUUUUCAUCAUACGGAGUGCGGCUGGUUCCGUUUCACCUUCAGCGUCAUGAGAGCUGCAAUGGAUGUUGCGCUGGAUCGCUUCGGGCAAGUACUGGAACGGAGGAGGAAGGAGAAGCGAUAA